AAUGGUAACGGUGGGUGAAAUGAUAGAACCAGUUGAUGCAAGGAUCGUUUCUCGGGUGAUGGAGCUGACCAAAAAUGGUGUUCGUCGAGUUGGCACAAUGCGGAAGCUUGUCCAUGAAUUUGUGAAGAAUGAGCUAUUCCAUGGUGAAAAUAUACCCCCAUGGUCACGUAGAAGGUUCUUUCCAACCAACAAAGACCUAAUAAACAUUAUGGCAAAGGCAAAAAAAGGGUUUAGUGACAAAGACCAAGAAAACCUCAUGGUAUUGGUCACAAAAUGGAAAGAGGAAAACAAAGAAGAUAAAUUCUUUUAUAGACCAUGUCAAGCUGAAACAGAUUCUAGUGAGAAGGUUGAUUUUCUUUUUGCCUAUCAAUCCAGUUGGCAGCAACGCCUUCUAAACUUAUAAUGGAGGAGAACUUGUUUUGUUAGAUGAAAAAUUGCAUGUUCUGCAAAUGAAUGCAACUUUCAAACUGCUUUAGAGGAAUUGAAGAAAAGUGUUCCAUGGAGGGAAUCACAAAGUCUAAGGAAUUGGUUUUCCAAUAAAUGGUUGCCAGAGGCUAAAGUAGUUAUCAUAAAGAAAUAAUUAUAUGUUUUGGAACAAGAAAAUUGUAUUUUUCCUUUUUAAAAUUUUAUUUUAUUUAUUUAUUUUUUGGAAAUAAUUUGACCUUUUUGUCCUCUUAUUGAAGCCAGGAGGACAAAUUAAAUUCAGCCUAGUAGAUUCAGGCCAGAACUUGCAGUGCCAAAAAGGUUGUUCUUUCAACCAUCUGCAUGUCUGCGCCUGCUUACAGGCCUGUACAGUAUUACCGAUUGGAAUGUACACUUUAAAUAAACUUUUCUAAUGUUAAUAAAUUAAUUUCAGCGGUGGGUGAACUACUUCAAAGCAAGAUCUCUUGAUAUAGCUGUCUACACAGACAAUGGAGUUGAGCAACAAAAUGAGACGCUGAAAUACUCCUACCUUCAGCAGCAGGGGCGUAACCAGGCAUACGCACGGAUGCACUGUGCGUACAAUUUUUUGAGCCAACCAUGAA